AAUUAAUCCUGUCACAGAUCUGGUAUAUCACCGUAAACGUGUCGAUCUCAUGAAACAAAAGCAGGAAGGAAGAAGGUUCAGUUCAGUAAGAUAAGAAAUAUUUAAAGAUUUAAAAUGUCAAACUUUAGUUCACUUUUAUUCUCACUGAAACCCUUCCAUGUUCACUAAUUCACAAACUACAGAAAUUAAACUUAAAUUACAAAACCUUUCUGUAGAAAUUAGAAUUACUACCCUAUAAUCAAGUCAGAUGAUCUUCUUUUAACUCAUUAUAAUUAUUAAAAUUAUCGCCACAGCGAUUUAUCGUCAUCACUUUGUUUUACUAACUCUGUUCAAUUUAUUUUAUUUAUUUAUUAUUUUUUCUAUGAACAAUCUCUGACUGUGUUUUAGUCUUGGUUUGGUCAGGUUAGAUUGUGAAGUUAGUUUGAACUUUUUAUACUUUCAAAUGAUGGAGAAAAAUGACAGAAAUUAAUACUAUGAAGAAAAUAUGCAAAACUGUCUUCAGGUACAAAACAUUCACUGUGUCUGUUUGUAUAAUAUAUUACAUAUGCUUUAUUUUUACAAAAAGCCUUGCCUGUUUUAGGUGUAAAAAUUAAGAAAAACUUUUAAAAAUAUCAUAUGUACUUGUUAAAUCCAAAAACUGCACAUUACACUUUUGUACAUUUGUGCAAAAACAGAAUAUUUACAAAAUAUAGAAUCUUGUAGAAAGAAAAUCAGGAACCCAAACAUCGUACUGGGUUUGUUGGGAACAGUGGAAAGUCUAACAGCUGCUGGAAGGAAUUACCCAUCAGCGACAUACAGACAAUAUUUAUUUAAAAAAUAACAAUGACGCUGACAUUAUAACUGUAUGUAACGUAUUAAUAAACUCUUUUUUUAGAUGAACAAUACUGACAUUUUAGGAAUACACCUCAGUCUGUUCUGUCUAAUGUACUUGACAACUUUGUACUGAUCUCAGUUUAGUUUGAAUUUUAUUUUGUUUUUCAUUUUUCAGGUUCCUCUGCAGUGACUGAUGUAUUUGUGAAAACUGGAGAUGAUUUAAUUCUUAAUCUCACAGAAGCUGAAAUUCCAUCAACUCCUCACAUUUGCUUAUGGCAAUUUAAAGAUGAUAUACUGGUAGAGUUUUUGCUUGGUUCCCAACCAAAUGUUGUUAACAAUCGCUCUGGAAAAGUUGAAGUUAUAGAAAAAAGUUACAGUGUGAAAUUAAAGGAUCUACAGAAGUCACACAGUGGUAUUUAUACUGCAAUGGUAGUAUCACCUAAAGAGCAAAUACUGGCUCAAUACAACGUUACAGUUCAAGAUCCAGUGUCUCCAGUUGAUCUCACCUUUACCUGCUCAUCCAGCUCCUCCUCCUAUAACCUGACAGCGACCUGCAGGACAGACGACAUCAGCAUCACUCUGAGAUGUGAUUAUUUAUUCUGCAACCAGGAAGAAGCAGAGAGAAGAUCGGUCACCAAAUCUGGUUCUUCUCUUCAUAUCUAUCAGUUACAAGAAUCAAUCGUCUGUAGCCAUAGCAACCAGGUCAGCCAGAUUGAAUCCAAAGUAAAGAUUGAGACUCACUGCAUUGAACUUGCUAAAAAGAGAAACAUUACAAUUAUUAACAUCACAAGAAUAAUCCUGGCUGCAUUACUGGUUGUAGUUUUCAUCUUAACUGUCGUUAUAAGAAAAUGUAAAAGGAAAACCAAACCAGAGGAAAUGAUGUACGAGUUUCCAGAGUGACACCAGGUGAACCAGACAAGCAGAAUCCUGUAGCAGGUUCUGCAGACGGGUCGUUCUGACUCAUGAAGUUUCUAACAUCGGAGGGACUGGAAACACCUCCGAACAAACGGAGGAAACCUGUUCACUGUCUCAUAAAUAUAAAUAUGAUGCUUUUGUAAAACUGUAAAUAUGCUUUGUGACAAAGAGGAUCCAUGAUGUCCAAGUUAAAAUAUCUAACAAGUUUGAGCAUCAUGAAUGUUAAACAUGGAUUCCCAGUGACAUCUGCUGGGUGAGUAGAGAAAUUACUGAGGAAAUACAAGAUUAUUAUUAAUCCCAACAACCCAACAAAAUAUUUAAUUUGUUUUCAUGUCUUUUAAUGUUUUCUAUUCUUAUCUAUCCUUUGUGUUGUUGAUAAGGUGAUUUUCAUGUUUCUCCAUGCAGAAAAUAAAAUAUAAUUGACAGAU